AUGGCGGCGGUCCACGAAGUGGACGGGUCAGUUCACGCUGCUCCUGGGCCGCCAUCCACCUUCGCCAUGUGCUGCCCCGAACCUGCACGGGACAGCACACAUGGGUCCACAAUCAUUGUGGAUGACGUCUCUGCACGAUUCGGAUGGUGCACAAACUCCUGCUCCAGCGACGCGACGUGCGCGCAAGCCUCUGCCACUUUAGCAGGUUGCGCAUCCGACACGGCAGAGCCUGCGCAGCCACCGCACUUCGCAGGUCCAGAUCACAGGGAGAUCCAGGUUGACUUCUCGGCCUUUGGCUUUGCCGAAGUUGACAAGAGCUCGGAGACAGGCAACAGCAGAGGUGAUCCGGGCCAGAGCCGCUGGUGGAGUCUGCUGGCGCAAGCUUUGGACCUGGACAGGGACGAGGUUUGCACGGGCCCCCCGCUGCCGUUUCGGCAGCGCUGGCCCCUGGCUCGCCUCAGCGUGGUGCCGGGGAAGAUGGUGAACCUCGCACUUGUUCUCUUCAUGACCCAGGCCUACAUGGUCUAUGCCCCAUCGGAUCCGAUCUUAUCCAAUCCCCUGGGCGUGCCGGAGGUGGCAAGGGAGAACCCGGACAGGCUGAAGAGGGCCAUCAACCAGCCGCCCGAGUGGAUACCUGUGGCCGACUCGGACGACCGGCUGAAAAUCGAGAAGAUGGCCUGCAGCUACCUCUUCCUCUGCCUCGCCCUCUUCUUCGUGCUGAAGUUCCUCCUGACAGGCUUCGCGUGGCGCCGGGCGCGGAAGCCACCGGAGGAAGCAAUUCGACCGUCGUGGCCGGCAAAGUCUAGCUUCGCAGCCUGGAAGCUUUAUGUGGAGCAAUGGCUGCGGUACAAGUCUUACAUCACCAGACCGGGAACCAAGCUUUACUGGCUUCAGGUGAACGCUUUGAAUCUCUUUGAGGUCACGCUGCAGUUUUUACAGCUUUGCACCUAUGGCGGCUUCGAUGUCUACAGCUUCGACUACAUCCCGGCCAUGGAUGAUCGCAUCGUGUUUCUCCAAGCUGUGUUCCUCUGUGUCGAUUUGUGGUCCAUCUCCAUCAACACCUUCUUCGGACUGCUCCGUUGCCAGGUGAUUUCGGAGGUUGUGAUUAACUCUCUGUAUUCCUUUUGCACCAUCCUGGCACUUGGUGGUGUGGCUCACCGGCCCUCCUGGACCGUGGUGGUCAAUCCUGAGGCCUUUUGGCAGACCUUCUUUACAACCGCCUAUGCUUUCCUGGGGGCCCGGCGGGCGCUCGAAGUUCUGGACGUGAACAUCUUGCAGGGGCUGGGCCCCGAACCACCUUUGCAUCAGGAGUCCUUCGAGAGGCGCUCCUGCUGCUGCGCUCAGGUGGUCAUCCGGCCCCUCCUCGGCCUGGCAAUCGUGUUUUGGGCCGCCAUGGCUUCCAUGACAGACUGCAGCAUCCUCAACGCUCAAGCCGGCUGGGUGUGCCCGUACGUCACGCAUCCCUUGUUUGAAAGUCCAAGCUGCAACUGCCGGGCACUGUACUUUUUGCCAGAUCCGGAGAAGCCUUGCAACGUCACAUCUCUGGUCGGGAUCAGCAAGCACGCAACCACGGUGCAGUAUUUCGGAGUUGUUGGCGCUGCUGGCAGUGCUGGCACCGCAUCAUACUGUAACCUGGACGACGCCUUGUUGGGGCGCAUCCAGCCAGAGUUCUUUCAGUUCACCAUCCAGGUGAUGGUCAUGUUUGCAGACGAGGUGCAAGCUUUUCCCGAUCGCCUCGAAGCCGCAAGCAAACUGGAGAAGAUCAUGUGGGUCGGCGGGAACAUCACUAGGAUACCACGGUGGCUGACAGGUUUGAGCCAGCUCACCUACAUGGCCUUCACUCUAAAUCCUGUGUGUUUUGAAACCAGCGAAUUCGACUUCUGGAGCAAGUUUAUGGCAGAGAAGUACGACUUCGACCCAGCCAAUGGCACUGCGUUGGUCGAACAUUUCGCGUGCAUUGAGCACUAUGACAUUGGAGCCGUCACUGAUCUUGUCCGGAAAGCUUCCCAGAGCAACCAGACAAACAGCUCGGACAAUGCAACUGACGGCAUCUGCACCCCGGAUGGAAUGGAGAUAUGGCAGGAGCUGGAGUCGGUGCUCCAUAGAUGCCAGGACGACCGGAACAACGAGACGGCCUGCUUGCCCGGCUGCCUCCUGGUCUCCAGCACGGCGGACCCGCAUGACGUUCGGGAGCCCUUUGGUGGCCUGGACCACCAGGAGGCCACGGUCAUUGCCCCCAGCUUGGGUUUCCCAACUGUGAGCCUCUCCAACCUCCGAUGCGUCAUGCACAUGUCAAAGUGCCAGCGGCACGAUCGCCUUUCAGAAGAGCAGCAGCUGAACUACAUUUGGUACUCGACCGCGGCCUUGAUUCUGGUGAAGAGCCGAUGCACAGACUGCGAUGGCUUCCACUCCAUGGAGAUACCUGAGAUACCCUGA